CUGUUGGUUUUUGGCCGCUGUGGCACUCGCAGCGUAGGACGCGGCGCAGACGACGACAGCGCGUCAAGACGUCCAACUCGACCGCCGGGUCGCGCGCGCGCGCCCGACGCCCGCGGUAGCGGCUCACCGAGCCAGCUUGUCCAGCUUGUGGGAAGCACACUACCGCGUGGUCGCCCCGUAAACGCGAGGGGCCACCAUGGAGACCACCGGCAAACACAAGACAGCGACGCCGCAGAGCGCCCGCUGCCCGACGACCGCGGGCGGGCGCACGCCCUUCUCGCCCGUCUACAACACCGCCGGGCCCGCCGUCGUCGCCAAGGCCCAGCUUGCGUGUACGCCGUGGAGGAGCAUUGUCCCACCGGAGCAGACGCCGGCCCAGCCAACCGCAGCGCGCGUCCGUAUCGUGCCGCCCGCGGAGACGCCGGCCCAGCCGACCGCCGCGCCCAAACCCCACAGCUUCUUCGAAGCCGCGGCGCGCACGCCCCACAUCGCGCCGGAGGACGACCUCGUCUCAUGGAAACCGGAGCGGCUCGCGGCGCUCGUCGCGCGGGACGUCGGUGGACGGAGGCCGAGCUGCACCUUCGACGCGGCGACUUGUGCUUUCAAUGUUGUGAGUUGCAUCGCCGUGCGGGCGGGCGAUUCUGUCGUCGAGGCGAGCGCAUCGCGGACAAUCUCUCAGUUCCAUCGCCUGCGGCGCGAUUUACUCGCAUUGAUGCCGCGGCUCUCGAUGAGCGUGAUGCGCGUCGAAGCUCUCGGCGGCGGCCGGGCGCCGCCGGCGCUACCUGCGCUGCCCGCGAAGAGUCUGCGGCGGCAGUCCGUCCGCAACGCUACGGCGCGGGACGUCGUCACUCUCUCGCGCGAAGGAACGGCCAGGCGUCUGGCGACGAAGGGGCCCGAGCUUACGACGUGGAUCCGCGACGUCCUGGCCAUCCUGCGCCACCGCCUCGGGAGCCGGCCGUCGGUCGCGCACGCGGUCACCGACGCCUCCCGGAGCCGGGUCGGCCAGGGCGCCGCGGCGGCGGAAGAGGCCGAGGCGUUGCUCGUCGACUUUCUGUUGCGCGACGCGCGGCUGUCGGUGCGGCGGGGCGGCCGCGCCGUCGUCGUCCACGACGGCGACGAGCACCUCGUGUGCCAGUCGCUCCUGGAGUAAGUGGAACCACAGCG